GCCUGGUGUGAAAUCUCCCAGUCAGUCGCUGAGAAGUGCCGAGAGUAGUUGGUAUAUUUGCCGAGGCUCUCCGUGGACGAGGUGCAACACUUUUCUAUUUGCUAGGCGUUGUCAACGUUAUCCUCGGACGAUUCUGUAAUUAUAAAAGUCCCCGUUUAAAUGUACUCUCAGUGAUGACCUAAAUGUCGUAUUUCUCUUUGUGUUACAUCAGACGAGAUUUAUGUGUUUGUGUUACUGUAGAUCAGAUGACCUCUCCAUCUUCAGGAAAUCAAAUUGAUAGAUGAAUUAUUUCAGAUUCCCCCAUGGUUUAGUGCGAAUGUGAUACUUUUUGGCAGAAAAUAUAGUGUCUUUGUGAUUGUGAUCUCUGGAAUUGCUCGACCAAAACGGAUCUCCCCCUUGGAAAAUUGUCGGAGGAUGCUUGGAUACUUUGCUUAGGAUGCUUUGAUAAGGUGAAGGGGCGAUGCCUACAGUCUAGCAGGAUGUUCCGUCUGCUGCUCCUCUGUAUGCUACUCUCCUCCGCCCGCGGCGUCGCCUUCUGUCCCCAAGGCUGUACGUGUGACGAUGAGACUCUGGUAGUAUCAUGCGUGGACGCCAACCUAGACGUCAUCCCCAUCACACUCAACCCCGCGAUCCAACGGUUGGUCCUCAAGUUCAACCGGGUCAAGUCUGUCGAUGCGGCGUUUCAGUUUUACGGCGAUCUUCAAUAUGUAGACCUUUCCCACAACACCCUCGUCAGCAUCACAAACAGGAGUUUCGAAGCGCAGAAAAAUCUCGUAGAGUUCCACCUUAACCAUAACAGAAUGUCGCAGAUCAGCAACACGACGUUUGAUGGGUUGAAACAGUUGAAAGUGCUCAGUCUUCGAGGCAACUUUCUAGAGGAUCUGCCAGAUAGACUGUUUGUUUUGCUGCAUCUCUUAGAAGAGUUAGAUCUGGGCAAGAAUAGGAUAACUCGCAUCGACUCAGCAGCGUUUGACGGACUACAAUCCCUCAGGGUAUUGUACCUGGACGAUAACUUGCUAAAAGUAGUUCCCACUCCAACAUUCCCUUAUCUUUCCAGUUUGGCAGAACUCCAUGUCGGCCUCAACGUCUUCUCUUCUCUGUCUGACGACACCUUCAAAGGAUUAACAAAGCUCUCCAUACUGGAUGUAAGUGAAGCUAGUCUGGUUAACGUAACAGAAAACGCUUUCCGUGGCCUCGGCACUUUGAGGAAGUUGGUCUUGAGUGGUAAUAGAUUGACUAAAAUCCCUACAAAGCAAUUGUCAGUGCUCGCCAGGGUGGAAGAGCUCUCGAUAGGACAGAACGAGUUCAGAAUCGUUGAAGCCCUCGCUUUCCAGGGGCUGACCCAUUUGAGACAGCUCGAUAUAUCUGGAGCUCCAGCGCUCGAGAGGAUAGCUAAAGGUUGCCUAUCCGACAAUUUGAAUGUCGAAAGUCUGACCAUCAGCAGUAAUAAAAAAUUAUCCGUGAUCGACGACGGCGCCUUCGCUGGACUACCGAACUUGAGAAAUUUAGUCCUGAGGGAUAACGCUUUCACCGCGUUCUCCGAGUCCAUGGUAGCCUGGCCGGAGCUGCGGAAAAUCGACGUCGCAGAGAAUCCUCUGUAUUGUGGCUGUAACCUGCGAUGGUUGAAAGAGCUCCUGAGCCAGAGAAACACGAGUCAAGUCCUCUGUGCGUCUCCGAGUAAUCUGAAGAACAAACCGCUGAAGUCACUAACCCCCGACGAUCUGGGGUGCGCCAUGCACGAUACGCGCCAACAGGCCAUCAUCGGGGUGAUCUGCGCCACCGCCCUCUUCUUCGCUGCAGUGCUCGGCUUCAUGUUGUACAGGAACCGGAAGGCGAUGCAAUCUGCUCUCAAGAGCGUCAAGUGGGACAAACCCAAGAUCAGCGGGAAGGAGUGCGAAUAUCAGAAGACCCACUUGGAGGACGAUUACCGACAAGCGCAGCCGUACAAGCCGGAGCCGGUGACGGAGCUGUAGCUAGAGCUGUUCGCCUCCAGCCCCGCCCCCAACAUCUUCUUCCUGCCGGGGGCGGAGAACGACACAACUGGGAGGCGAACCCGCAGCACGAGAGGCACCAAGGCCGUCCACGGCUUCUCCUACAUCAGCGGAGAGAUGUACCGACCCGAGUGGCAGACCACACACAGUUCUGCACUCGUCAACGGUCAUCAUUCCAACAACUAAACGAUCUUCUAUCUGAGUUUUUUUACAGAAUCACGUUUAAUUGAGCAGUGGAUGCCUGGUGGGACUUAGUGUCGAUAAGCGAGCAAAGUGAUUGUAAGAAAGCUGCAUUUUGGAUCUAUAAAGUAUCAUUUUUUUCAACACAUUAAACAUAUUUUUGUAAGUGCCAUGGAAGUGUAUUAUAUACUGUACAGUUUAGUAAAUAUUAAUUAGAGUAAAUUACCAAGUUGUACAUACAAGAUACGAAAACAUAAUAUUUCUCUUUACCUAAUUAUAAGUUUUAUUGUAAUUUUUAUGGUCUCGUAAUGGAAUGCAAGACUUACGAUAUUCGACUUAUGACAUUCCUAUUUGUCACUAAUGUAAUCUUGUAAUCUACGAUUGUAAUUUGUACAUUUUUAUUACUCUGUACCAUACUGUGAAAAUCCUGUACAUAUACAGAAGUAAACACCAUAUUCAAUCACUAUAUAAUAAUAAUAAUAAUAACGAUAUACAUUUAUGCACGGUAACAUUAUUACAGUAGUGCUCCUAAAAUUUUAUAUUUUAUAAAUCUUGGUUUGUAAAUUUUAUGUCAAAUGUGUGUUAUAUUUAUUACGAAACUUUUAAGACAUUCUAAAUGUGAUUUUAACUUUUAAUAAGAACCGUUAAAGUAAUUAAUUUGAAAGAAUAAUAAGAUAUCUAUUUAAGGUAAACUGAAGUUAUUGGUAUUUUUUGUAAAAUUCAACAAUCUAUUUCUACAAGAAGAAUUAUUUAGUUUACAUAUAAAUAACACUAUAAAGAUAAUAAUUCAAAAUUGUUUACUCAUAAAUACAAAAUACUUUUUUCUCAAGUUUAAUCUGUGAUUAUAUUUACUUAUAAACAUCCUGCACAUAACUAUAUACUUAACCUUCCUACUGUCGGUUGUUUUGUAUGUCUUUUAUAUACAUAUAAGUUUGUAAAUAUUUCAAGACCAGGAAUCGACUGCAGAUAUUAGACACCUUCAAGGUUGAUACUAGUCACUCCCUAUUCUAAAUCUGUUCACUCUUUGUACAACCAAAGUGAACGUCUGUUUGAGCCUUAUUUCUCUAAGCAAUAUUUAAAGUGAUUUAUGAAUUGCUGUAAAUUGUUUACGUAUUGUUUUGUUUGGUAACUAUUGUAAGUAUAUUCCAUAGAACUGUGAAAUAAAAGUCUUUGUACAAAA